GGCAGCGGGGAGACAGAGCAGACAGUCGGAAGGAGACGGGAUAGAACAACAGCAGCAGCAACAGCAGCAGCUGGAAGACACACGCACACACAGGCAGAGACAGAGACAGGCAGCCACACAGAGAGAAAAAUCCCGACCCGGACUCUGCAAGAGCAUCAUUUCUUACCGCCGUCUGACUGAACCCGUCCCCGUCUCCAAAACACCGAAAUCACGCCAAGACAUGAGCUUCUCCCACUGAACAUUAUUGAUGCUGAACUGAGUGGUCCAGUGCUGUCCUCCAGUGUUUCCCCUCCCCUCAGUUUUCUGUCCCACUGUCUGUUACCUGGUUUGUGAGCAGCCAUGACAAAGUCCUACGAGUUCAACUGGCAGAAGCACCUGCCUGAGUUCAUGCAGGAAGGCGCCUCCUUCGACAGGUUUGAUGAGGACCCGUACAUCUUUGAGCCCAAUUGUCAGAUGAGGGUGGACGAGUAUGGCUUUUUCAUCACCUGGAAGAGCGAGGGAAAGGAAGGCCAGGUGCUCGAGUGUUCGCUCAUCAACAGUAUUCGCGUUGGUGCCGUCCCAAAGGACCCAAAGAUCUUGUCAUCAUUCGAGGCCAUUGGAAAGACGGAGGCCGACUUGGAGGGGUGUAUCAUCUGCAUCUGCAGCGGCACAGACCUGGUCAACCUGAACUUCAUGUUCAUGGUGGCGGAGAACCCAGACACAGCCAGGAAAUGGAUCGAGGGUUUGAGGUCAGUGAUUCACAACUUUAAGGCCAACAACGUCUGUCCAAUGACCUGCCUCAAGAAACAUUGGAUGAGAAUGUGCUUCCUGACCAACGUGAAUGGGAAGAUUCCUGUGAGAGGCAUUACACGGACCUUUGCAUCUGGCAAGACAGAGAAGGGGAUUUUUCAGGCUCUGAAGGAUCUGGGCCUUCCCAGUGGAAAGAACGAUGAGAUUGAACCGUCGGAUUUCACCUUUGACAUUUUCUACGCGCUCACACAGAAGAUCUGCCCUCGCACAGACAUAGAGGAACUCUUCAAGAAAAUCAAUGGGAACAAAACUGAUUAUUUAACUGUAGACCAGUUAGUCAGCUUUCUGAAUGAAAACCAGCGUGACCCAAGGUUAAAUGAGAUUCUGUUCCCGUUUUACGACCCUAAGAGGGCCAUGCAGAUCAUCGAGAAAUAUGAGAGAGAUGAAGAGCUGAAGAAGAAAGGUCACAUGUCCAGUGAUGGGUUCUGCCGGUACCUGAUGUCAGAUGAAAACGCUCCAGUUUUCUUGGACCGGCUGGAACUGUACCAGGAAAUGGACCAGCCACUGGCCCACUACUUCAUCAGCUCUUCCCACAACACUUACCUGACGGGUCGACAGUUUGGAGGGAAGUCGUCAGUAGAGAUGUACCGCCAGGUUCUGCUGUCUGGAUGCAGAUGUGUGGAGCUGGACUGCUGGGAUGGGAAAGGAGAGGACCAGGAGCCCAUCAUCACUCAUGGCAAGGCCAUGUGCACGGACAUCUUGUUUAAGGAUGUUAUUCAAGCCAUCAAGGAGACAGCCUUUGUCACUUCAGAGUAUCCUGUUAUUCUGUCCUUCGAAAAUCACUGCAGCAAACCACAGCAGUACAAGAUGGCCAAAUAUUGUGAGGAAAUCUUUGGCGACCUCCUCCUCAAACAGCCUCUAGAGAACUAUCCGAUUGAAUCUGGACGCCCCUUACCUUCUCCAAACGAACUCAAACGUAAAAUCCUCAUCAAAAACAAACGCUUGAAACCUGAAGUGGAACAGAAGCAGCUAGAGGCCUUUAAGAAGCACAUGGAGGCAGGAGAGACCAACACCCCUGCCAUCAUUAUGGGAGAGGAGAAUGAAGACGAGACAGAGAACGGAGAGAAAGAGGCAGAGGACAAGGAUUUGAAUUCAGAGGCCCCCAGUCUCUCAGAGGCAACGAGUGAGAAAGAGGCCAACAGUGUUUCCCAGAGCAACGCCGUCAGCUCAAGGAAAGAGGAAGAACGCAGCAACAGCAUCAAGAAGGUGCCUGAUGAUGAAGUCACAGAGAUUUCCGAAGCCACAGAGGCAACAGACGCCACAGACAUCUCUGAAGCAUCUGACCAAGACAAUAACAAGAAGGGUGUGGAGGUGGCAGAAGACUCUGAAGAGGCUCUGAUAGCUCAGUACACCUAUGUAGGAGCCACCACCAACAUCCACCCGUAUCUCUCAGCCAUGGUCAACUACGCACAGCCGGUCAAGUUCCAGAGUUUUGAUGUGGCAGAGGAAAGGAACAUUCACCAUAACAUGUCAUCUUUCAACGAGUCAGUUGGCCUGGGUUAUCUGAAGACUAACGCCAUAGAGUUUGUCAACUACAACAAGCGUCAGAUGAGCCGUAUCUACCCCAAAGGGGGCCGGGUGGACUCCAGUAAUUACAUGCCUCAGAUCUUCUGGAACGCAGGCUGCCAGAUGGUCUCACUCAACUUCCAGACCCCAGACCUGGCCAUGCAGUUGAACCAGGGAAAGUUUGAGUACAACGGCUCCUGCGGGUACCUGCUGAAGCCCGACUUCAUGCGGCGGUCAGACAGGAUGUUUGACCCUUUCUCAGAGACGCCAGUGGAUGGUGUCAUUGCUGCAACCUGUAGCGUACAGGUGUUCUCUGGACAGUUCCUGUCAGACAAGAAAAUUGGCACAUACGUUGAAGUCGACAUGUAUGGGCUGCCGACGGACACCAUCCGAAAGGAGUUUCGCACACGUAUGGUGAUGAACAAUGGACUGAACCCCGCCUACAACGAGGAGCCCUUCGUCUUCAGAAAGGUAAUCUUACCGGAUCUGGCAGUACUGCGCAUCGCAGUCUACGACGACAACAACAAGCUGAUUGGCCAGCGCAUCCUGCCUCUGGAUGGCCUGCAGGCUGGCUACCGUCACAUCUCUCUGAGGAACGAGGGCAACAAACCCCUGUCGUUGCCCACCAUCUUCUGCCAAAUCAUCCUCAAGACCUACGUGCCCGACGGCUUCGGAGCAAUUGUCGAUGCUCUAUCGGACCCAAAGAAGUUCUUGACCAUAGCAGAGAAGAGAGCAGACCAGAUGAAGGCGCUGGGAAUUGACACGAAUGACAUAGCAGAUGUUCCCAGUGGAAGCUCAAAGAAUGACAAGAAGGGAAAGGGUAGAGACACGGUGAAGGCCAGUGUGACACCGCAGGCCAGCUCAGACAUGGCCCAGACCUCCAACUCUGCCCAGAAUAACACAGCAGAAAACAAGAAGGAUACUGCACUUGUGCCUAAUGUCAGCAUUGAUGACUUAAAACAAAUGAAGACGUACCUUAAAUUGAUUAAAAAACAACAGAAGGAGCUCAGCGCUUUAAAGAAGAAACACUUAAAGGAUCAGAAUACAAUGCAGAAAGCCCACUGCACCCAGGUGGAAAAGAUGGUGUCCCUGCAUGAUAAGGAGAAGAUAACCCUGGAGAAACUACUAGAGAAAGCCAUCAAGAAACGUGGGGAAAACAACUGUCAAGAGUUGAAGAAGGAGACAGAAGAUAAGAUCCAAACACUAGUCACUGAUCACAAAGCAAAGGUGAAGGACAUCACAGCACAGCACACUAAAGAGUGGUCAGAGCUGAGCAGCACUCACAGCACCGAGGAGCAAGAGAUAAAGGACAGCCACGUCACGCAGCAGUGUGAACACCUCAAGAAACUCCUGACCACUGUACAGGAGCAGCAGACCAUGCAGCUCAAACUCAUCCAUGAGCGGCAAAGCAAAGAGAUGCGGGCCAACCAGGCCAAGAUGUCCAUGGAAAACAGUAAAGCUAUCAGCCAGGACAAGUCCAUCAAAAACAAGGCAGAGAGAGAGAGGAGAGUGAGAGAGUUAAACAGCAGCAACACCAAGAAGUUCCUAGAUGAAAGGAAGAGGCUGGCUAUGAAGCAUCAGAAGGAGAUGGAGCAGCUACAGAAAAACCAGAGAGAGCAGUUGGAGAAACUGGAGAAGUUCAAUGAGCAGCUUUUGAAAUCACACCAUGCAAACAAACAGGUUCAAGGCCAAGGACAUGCAGCAGAUGGUGAAGUUGGAGGAGGAGAUGGACCGCAGACCUGCCACGGUGGUGUGAGCGACUGAGACUGAGACACAAACACAUGCACGCACGCAUACUCAUAUAUACACACACACAGGUGCAGAAACACUCCACCAUGGAUAGCCCUCUACAAUCCAGAGACGAAAACCCUGCCCACAUCACUGUCAUGUACACACACAGACACACAGUAACCCUCCUCAUGUCUUUUUUUUCUUCUGUUCGUUCACCUGUACUUCCUGUCCUCUGCACCCUUACCCCACCCACUAACUUUAUACCAUUGAGCCAUUGGUGCUUAUCACUGUUUGACAGGGGGUUUAACCACUUAUUGAGUAAGGAAAUGUUACCUCGGAGAUGAAGCGACAGAGUCAGACGCAUCCCCUCCUCCAUUGUAUGUAGACCCAAUUUUCUAUCACCCUAACUGUUCUCUGCAAUCUACGGGCAACACAGCUGCAGCUAUUGGUGGACACACACACGCGCACACACACACACACAAACACUGACGGGUCGGAUAAUGUGGGCAUCCGUCCCCUUUUUGACUUUUCUUUUUUAUUUUAAAUUGAAUCGGUACCUGAUUAACUGCUCCAGAAACAAUGUGGAUGAGGGGAGAAGAAUAUGUAUAAGAUUUGUCAUUUCAGCACAAAUGAAUAAACUUUGUGAAAUACACUGUACGCUACACACCAGUCCUGUCCUGAGCACUUUGUAUGUAAUAGGCCAUCAUAACAAUGUGGAAAAUGUAGCAGUGCACUACUAGAACUACUAGUUUUCUGUAUUUCAGUAAGAAUGUAUUUUUAAAAACAAUCACUGUAUGAAGGAGAAGCAAACGCCCGGUGUCACCUAAUCCCUCACUGCAAGUUGUUUGACUUAACAAACGAUGUAUUAUUCACUUUUUUGUUGUUCAGCAAUGUUACAGCUGAUUAUAAAGAGGCUUAUCCUGUUGCUGAGUCAGAAGACUAUAAAGGGAUCACGAGGGAUACUGUUCACUUGGAUUAUUACGGCCGAUUUCUCUGUCAAAUGUAGUUUUAAUUACUAGGAUGCACCCAAGAGAUGGUGUAAUAGCUGCACUUCACUGGCCCUUAAAAAAAUAAAGAUGUACGAUAGUACAUCUUUAUUUUUUUGAUUUUUUUUUUAAUGGCUUGUGCUCAAUUUCCACAAGUUUACCACUGCAAAACUCUUUAAUACAACAUUCUAUACUAUAUACUAUACUAUAUAAUUUGGGGCUUAAAAUCAUGUAUACUAUGCAAAAAACAAAAGAUGAACAAACGCAUGAUUCCCUCAAAGUUUAAGGUGUACAAACUUUUCAAAAAAUUUCCAGUAACAGUUACCAGAAGAACCGGUGAAAGUAUUACAGUACUAGAAACCAGUGGUUUCUUUCUAUGCCUUUAAUGUAAUGAUGAAAGCUAUUGCUACAGACUGAGGCAAAAUCAUUAGCAGUUACAACAGCCAAUUAAAAUAUGAUGAUAUAAUGAAGUGGACAUCUACUCGUGAGUACAAGGUUAAGCAGGAUUAGGAUGGUCAUUUGCAUUAAGGGAUUUUGCACUUAACCUCUGAAAAUCCAAGCCAAAGCUGUAAUACACUGGUAACAAAAUGAAUCCAUUACUUGGCAGCACAUUAAUUCUGCUGUACUACAUUCUUUUAAUUAACCGGCCCUUCACCAUCAGACAAGAACUUUGGCCGACAGAAGUCAACACCAUCUCGUCUCUCGUCAGUUUCCCUCUCCUAAAGGCCUUGUUGAAGUGACGUGCUCCCUUAAUAGCUUCUUGACUGCACCUUUAGCAAACUCAGCUAGUAAUCCUCAUCGUUUCACUGUUCGUCCUUCGGCCAGAGGACAUCAGACAGCAUAAUUAUACCAGAUCUGUAACAAACCCUGUGACAUGGCUGCCACACACUAUUCACACUGGGGAUUUCCGACGAGGCCUGUGUCCCUUUGUGUCCCAAAAUGGCUUCCCUUAAAUGUAGCAGUUUGUGACACUACAGAAGGUUUCAGGAAGCGCUGCUGUUCAAAGCCCAGGUGAUACUGCUGGACAAGUAGCCACUGCAGAGGGAGAACUGUAAUAUGGAUGUACUGUUAUAAAGUAAUCCUGUGGGUACUGUUGUAUUGUCAAUAUAUGAUCAUGCCAGGCAUUGACAGUGCAUGGUGUUAACACUAACAAAGGUCAACCAAAAUCACAAAGAGUCCUAAUAUGAUAUGAAAACUCACAAACACGUGGGUAUAUGAUAUGAAAAAAGCACGUCUGGGUGUUUUGGCCUUUUUAAAGUUUUUUUUUGUUAUUGUUGUUGUUGUUGUUUUAUCCUGCUGUAAUUCACUUAAAGGGUAGACGGGAUGUUCUUGUAUAUACUGGAAUGUAGUUUAAUUUACUUUCUGACCAGUUGUGUUCUGCCAUUCAAGGGCUCGGGGGAACAGAGUGGGUCUGUUGGAAAUCGGGGAAAGACAUUUAUCAACCACUGGGUUUUCUCGUUUUGUUUCUGUUUCUGUUUUCCAAUCUGCCCUCACUGCACCACACAACACAGUAUAAAACUCUCACCACAUAUCUAGUGCAGAGAUAAACAAGUAAAAAGUGCUUUUAAAUUUUAUUCCAUUGCUUUCAAAUGUGCCACUCAGUGUCUGUUAGGACGUUUAAAUUAUUUUAUGAAUGAUAAAAUGCCAAAUUAAGGGGUUAUUUAUAUGAAGAUAUAUAUAAAUAAAUGAAUAUAUAUAUUAUAUAUAUUAGAUAUAAUGUGUAGUUUAAGAUUAUCAUGUUUGUUAGAGGCUUUUUUGCACUAGUUGAAUGUUUAUGUUGUGUGAUUACAUGUAACCUUUGGCUCUAGUUUGUCAAAAAAAAAAAAAAGCAGAUUAUUUUUGCA